GCUAUUGUUGAGGACUGACUCAAAGUCCACUGACGGCAGGCCAAAUAUCUGCUGUUACCAUGUGCUCAUCAAUGAAGUUUAAAGUGGUCCAUGAAUUGUCCUCUCCAUACAAAAGUUUACAUGACAAUUAUGUUUCCAACAGACGGGACUCGAGCAGGCUUACGUCUCUCCUGUUGAUAUUGGGGUGUUUGACCAUCCUUGGUGGUUUACUUGCCAUUGCUUUGGUUGAGAAAGUAAGAAACCAGGAAAAGAUAGAUGAAGCUGUGAAUCCGAACCACACCAGCACACAUGAGCCAGUUCAAAAUGCUGAUCAAAGUUGUCUUGGAAAGAGUAGGAUUGUCCUUGUUGAGAGUAUUCCUUACUGGAUGGACUAUGGGAGCAAUGCCACAUUUGGAGUACCUUUAUACGAGGCAUGGAAAGACCUCAUCUCUACUGCAACCAAGCAAAUUGAUGUUUCCUCGUUCUAUUGGUCUCUUACUGGGCAGGACAUUAAUGUCAACUCCUCUACUGACAAACCUGGUAGAGACAUCCUGGAACAAUUCAAAGCACUGACGAAGAGAAACGUGUCUGUGAGAGUGGUGGCCAGCAUCCCAACCGUAGCAUCCAACUCAACAGACCUGAGAACUCUGAAAGAACAUGGCGUGCAUGUAAGAAGAGUUAACUUUGGCCGUCUGACCAGAGGAAUUCUCCACACUAAGUUCUGGAUCGUGGACAGAAGACACAUCUACAUUGGCAGUGCCAACAUGGACUGGAGAGCUUUAACCCAGGUCAAGGAACUUGGAGUGGUGAUUUACAACUGCACCAGUCUGGCCACCGACCUCCAUAAGAUCUUUCAGUCAUACUGGGUGAUGGGUCAGCAGAACGCUACAAUCCCGGACCCCUGGCCCUCCUCUUAUGACACCUCCAUCAAUGCAGAGAAGCCCCUUCAUGUGAACCUCAGCGGUGUGCCCAGCAGAGUUUACAUCUCAGCUUCCCCUCCUGUCUUCUGUCCGGAUUCACGCACCAAAGACCUGGAGGCAAUUCUCUCAGCAAUCGGCCAGGCAGAGCAGUUCAUUCAUGUCGCAGUUAUGGAAUAUUUUCCUGCUUCCAAGUUCUUCUUCCAUCACAGGUACUGGCCAGUUAUUGAAAAUGCCCUAAAGCAGUCAGCCUUUGACAGAAACGUUGUAGUGCGUCUCCUGGUCAGCUGCGGUCGUGACAGUGACCCCUCCGUACUGCCUUUCCUCAAAUCACUAGAUGCCCUGGAAUCCUCAUCUGACAAUAUCAGUAUAGAAGUGAGACUCCAUAUUGUUCCGGUGGCCAACCAGACAGACAUUCCGUAUUCCAGAGUGAAUCACAACAAAUACAUGGUUACAGAUAAAGUGGCAUACAUAGGGACCUCUAAUUGGUCUGCUGACUACUUCAACACCACUGCUGGAGUGGGCUUGGUGGUUUCCCAAGAUGCCGUGCAUUCUUCAUCGCCUGGAGAUACAUUAGUGGGCCAGCUGAAAGCUGUAUUUGACCGAGACUGGGGCUCCAAAUUUGCAGUACCACUUGAAAAACUGGGUCACAAUCCUGACUGUUCCUUCUCCAAGAGAUAGAUGGACAAAUUGACCGCUGCUUUGCCUAUAUAAAACUUACUUCUUAGCCUAUAUAAAAGGUUAAUGGAUCAAUGAAAGCAUGAAAUUGAAUGAAAUAUGAUGCACAUUUUAAAUGCAUUCAAUGCCAUUUGUCCUUUAGUGUUAUAAACAGGCUCCUACUACAGCCUCUAAAUAUCACACCCUCUAAAUUCAGGCACCCCUCUAAAUGAUCAAAUACAGAACCUAACUGACUCUAAUUGAUCUCCACAAUCACCUGUAAGCACCACUGGGUCCUUCCACGACUUUCUGUUUCAGAGUAAAUAUGAGUCCAUCAAAUACCAGGAGAUCAAAAUCUGUCUGCCUCUGCUACAAGUGGGUCAGAGCCUGAUCUUCCAGCAGGACAGUGAUCCAAAGCAAACCUUCAAAUCCAAAGGAGUCUGAAGGAUCUGGAGAGAUUUUGUACGGAGGAAAUGGCCUCAUAUCUGUUUAUACAGGUGUUCCCCCCUCAUCCAGCUUUCUCAAAGAAGAUGCAAUGUUACCUUAACAGCUGGAGGGUGCACAAUAUUAAAAAAAAAAAAAAAUAAAUAUAUUGUAUAAUUUUUCUUUCUUUUGAAUUAUUUCACCUCAUUGAAGGAUGCUCCUCUUAGUGUAAAAUCAAGCUGAUUAAGCAUGUUUUUCCCUCAUCUUUACCAAGGCUGCCACUUCUGGAGGGUGCUGUAACUUGUGCAUUGCAUGCAUUUAUUAUAUCUUUCAGCUGCCUCUUAGCAAAAUAAAUCAAAUAAAUCUAAGUAUA